UUUUUCUCUAUUUUUGGCGAAAUAACCUAGCUGGUGGAAUUCGGCGAAUUAUUUUGGAUUUGGCGGACAUUUUGGACAUUUGGACAUUUGGAGUGGAAAAGGAAAGUCAUUGGAAAUUAUGCCAAAUAAUAACCAGGUUCGUCGGGAGGAGAGGGCUGCCGGAGAAGGUGUUCAGCGACAACGCCACAAACUUCGUAGGAGCGUGCAACGUGCUGUAGGAGCUGAGCGAAGCGUUUCACCGCAGUCGGGACGAGUGGAGCGGAUGCGCGGCUCAGAGAGGCGUCGAGUGGUGUUUCAUACCGCCGAGGUCACCACACUUCGGAGGACUUUGGGAAGCAGCCGUCAAGUCCGCCAAAACCCGGUUGCUGCGAGGAGUCGGCAAUGCCAAGCUCACAACGGACGAGUUGAGCACCCACCUGGUCGAGUUAAAGGCGCUGCUCAAUUCGCGUCACCGGGCAACGAUCCCAACGAUGGAGAGGCCCUAACUCCAGGACACCUACUAAUCGGGCAGCCUCUGAUCACGCUGCAAGAAUCCGGCACAGGAGGAGUUUGCAGCAAGGCCAGUUGA